AUGAGCAACCACUACCAGUUCGACGUCGUGAUGACGUGCUCGGCCUGCUCAAACGCAAUUAGCAAAGUUUUGACAAGAAUGGAGCCCGAAGUGACCAAAUUUGACGUUUCCCUAGAGAAGCAAACGGUGGAUGUGCAAACGGAUUUGGCAUAUGAAACCGUUCUUGAGAAAAUCCAAAAGACCGGGAAAGAGGUUAAAGGUGGUAAAUCAGUCGGAGCGCAGCUAAUAUGA